UGCAGACACCACAGUCAGCCGCGAGCAGCCAAGCCGCAGUACAACAAUUACACUAAAACAUUAGAUUAUUUAUAAUGAAGCUGUUCGUGGUCGCCGCCGUGCUGGGAGUGUGCUCCGCCGCUCGUCUGGACAACACCUACCUCCCUCCCAGAGGAGGUGCAGGCUCAGGUUUUGGAGGCAACGGGUUCGGAGGUGCCGGUGGUCCGGGUAGAUUCGGUGGCUCUGGCGGCUUCGGAGGGGCAGGAGGUGCCUCUGGAUUUGGAGGUGCGGGGGGAGCCGGAGGAUUCGGAGGAGCCGGAGGUGCUGGAGGAUUCGGUGGUGCGGGAAGCUACAGCGGAGGUGGAGCUGCUGGCGGCUACAAUGGUGCUGGAGGUGCUGGAAGCUACAACGCCAGACAAUCUGUUGACGCCGGCGCUCAAAUCCUCCGACUGAACAACGAAAUCAAUGGAGACAGUUUCUCUUACGACUUCGAGACGUCCAACGGUAUCCGUGCUGAUGCGUCCGGAGUGGCGACCAAUGGUGUCCAGUCUCAAGGCAGCUUUGCUUACAAGGGUGAUGAUGGCCAAGACUACAGUAUCACCUACACCGCUGAUGAGAACGGAUUCCAGCCCCAGGGCGCUCACCUCCCCACUCCUCCCCCGAUCCCGGAGGCUAUCUUGAAAUCCCUGGAACAGAACGCCCGCGAUGAAGCUGCUGGUAUCGUCGAUGAUGGAUCUUACCGCGGUGAAGGUGCAGGUGCUGGCAACGGCGGCUACUCGUCUGGUCCUUCUGGUCAAUAUGGCGCUCCCUCCGGCGGUUUCGGAGCUGGUUCCAGAGGUUCAGGAUUCGGUGCUGGUGGUGCUGGCGGAGCUGGUGCCGGUUUCGGAGCUGGCGGUUCCGGUUUCGGCGCUGGAGGUUCCGGUUUCGGAGCUGGUGGUUCUGGAUUCGGUUCCAGGGGUACCUCCUUCGGUGCCGGCGCCACCUCUCGUCAGUACCUGACUCCUAACGCUGGACCCAGAGGAUCUGGCAAUGGAAACUACAACUCUCAAACUGGCUACCGUUAUUAAAAUCAUUAAUGAUGACGAGGGAUAGAUAAGGUCUGAAGCGCUUUUAGAAUAUCUUUUAGAUCUAAUAUCACUUUUUCCUCUAAACCACCGAUACGAAGAGCGAAUUUAUUAAACUGAUACGAUACAGGAUGCUGUUAUAAUAUAUCGCAAGGUUAUCGAAUUA